AGGGAACAAGGAAGUAGAGAAAGAAAAGGGAAAGAAAAGAGUGAAGCAAAAAGGGAGCAAAGAACAGGUAAAGACGAAGACAAGGAAAGAAGCCGACAAUGAAGUGCCGACGAAAGAAGCGGAAAAAGGGGUCAACAGAGGGAUAACGAGGACAGCGGGUCCGGGAUUUUCCCCACUGCGGAGGAGGAGCCUCCUCUUGCCCUUACAGGGGCGUCCGGAGGGGCGGCCUCUUCCCGCUCCGUCCGAAAUCUUCGGGAAACGAAACCACGGCAGCUGCGCCCGCCCCCCCGGUGCCUCCACCUCCGGAGCCACCGCGCGUUCCGCAGGUGCCGCCGCCGAGCCGCAGGAUGCAGAAGCCACUGCCGCCCUACGAGGUGCUGCCGGCCGAGGUGAGCAUGGAGGAGCUGGCCCGGAGCACGACCGUCCUGGUGGAGGAGCCGCCGCAGCUGCCGCCGCCGCCGCCGCCCCGGGACCACCUGGUGUGGUCCCUCUUCACCACCCUGUACGGCAAUUUCUGCUGCCUCGGGCUGCUGGCCUUCGUCUUCUCCGUCAAGUCCAGGGACCGCAAAGUGCUGGGUGACUACAGUGGGGCACUGAGCUACGCCUCCACGGCCAAGUGGCUGAACAUCACGGCCCUGGUGAUCAACAUCCUCAUCGUCGUCAUCACCAUCACCAUCGUCGCCCUGGCCGCCGGCGGGGUCUUGAGUCGCAUGAACCACCCACCCUCGUACGGGCUCGACCCUUACUCCAGCGGCCAUUAGUCUCCGCCUUGCCCCGCGGGCUGUGCUCCCACCCCACGCCUGCCCGAGAGUUCCCCUCACCCCUCGGAGUCGGGGAGUGCCGUCCUGUCACAAAAACUGCAAAAUGACAAUCCACAGGCCCCUCCCGGGAGCCUGCUGGUGUCGUGUCCUUCUUUAGUGGAGCCCUUGCUGAUGGCUUGCUGGAGGUGUCUGGGGAUGAACACUGCUCCCCAGAGAGGAGCAGAGCAUCCCCAACCCCACUUUUGCCUGCUUGCUGCUUUGUUCUGGGUCUGGAGGCCCCAGCUGCCUCAAAAUUAUUCUGUAGAGGAACACCUGGUUCAGAAAAACCCUGACGUCUGAAAUAAAGGUUUUAUUUCACUUUU